AUGGAUAAAAACUUGAAAUUUCAUAUGAUUGAUUCAGACAGUAUAGAAUUAUUCAAUUCAUUAUCACCAACCAAAAGUAGAUCAACUGAAAAGAAUAAACUUAAAAAUAGUACAUUUGGAAAAGAUCACAAUUCAAUAGAUCAACUGAUUACAAGUAGUAACGCUAGUAGUGGAUACUGGGAAGAUUGUGAUUCACUUGUUACAAGUGAAUAUGAUGUUUUUGGAUUGAAUUGGACAACUUGUCAUCAAAACGCUAGAAUAAAAUGCAACAAAUUGAAACAUCGACCACUUCCAGAUGCGACUAAUCAUUCAUCACUAGUUAGAACUCGAAGUUUCCAUGUAAAACCAAACGAUUACAUCAAUAAAAAUUCAUAUGAACAGUAUACAAGAGAUCAUUAUUCAGAUUCAAUUCUCAAUACUUACUGUGAAGAUAUACAACUUACAACAAACUCUCAAAAUAAAGCAGCUAAUAAUAUACGUCAGUCAUCGUUAGAAGAUAAUAAUCAUCUAUGUAUACCAAAUGAUUCACUGAGUGGACUUGAUUCGAUUGAAUCAGAUUUUUUAUUUUGUCAAAACAGUUGUUCAUCUGUAAAUCAUAUUCAGUCAUGUCAACGUAUUUCCUCUGAAGUACAGAAUGUUGAAGAGAAAACGUUUAAAUACUUAAGUGAAUGGGAUGAUAGUGGAGAUGAAGAUAUUAUAAAAGGAGCAGAACCAAAAACUAAAUUUGAGGCUGCGUUAAGAAGAGCUGAAGAGAAAAAUAAAAAACGAAUGGAACUGAUAACUUCUAAAGAAUUUUCAACAUCAGAUAAUAAAAAGAUGCCUGAAUGGGGUUCACCUAUCCAAAUAAGGAAGAAUGCUGAUCAAAGUAGAUUUAUGGAAUGUUCUCUUUCAUUAGAUAUUCCGGUGAGCAACAGCAGUUCUCCGAAAAUAAGUAGACCUUCUGAUCUUUGUCGCGAAGUUGAAGAAUGGUUGGAAUCAAGACCAUCAUGGAUUGACCAAAAACAUCAGAAAAAUAAUCCAGCGUUACAAAUUUGCUUUUUAAAUAUAUCUGAACAAAAUUUGUUCUCUUCCAUGGAAGCAAUAGUUGCUGAACCUUAUUUGGACAAUAAUGAUUAUAGAACUGGACAAAAUAAUAUAGAAACUAAUUUAUUUUCAACUGUUAACUGUAUUAAAACAAAUGAUAGUAUUCAAACAAUUAACUCAUUGAAUGACAAUGAAAUUAGUUUGAAUAGUAUUGAAGAUUAUGAUGAUAAUAAUUCACAGAGACUAACAUUGAAUGGUAAUUCAUCUUUUGUAAAUCAUAAAAAUGAAAAGAAUCGUACAAGUUCAUCAAUAUCUGGAAGAUCAUCUUUAUUAUUAGCUUUUGAAUCUUCGGUUAAUUUAAUUGAUUUAUUGAAUGAGAUCAAUAUGUAUUAUGAACGAUUAUUAGAUCAAUGUAGACAAGAUUGUUUUGAUGCACGAUCUGUUGUUUAUUUACAAGAAUUAAUAAAGAAUCAUAAACGAUUUCAAACAGAAACACAAAUUGCUAUUAUUCAGGUUCCAAAAAUAUCCGCAAUGCAAGCAGAAGUUGAACGUACAAAGAUUUCAUCGAUAACUCCAAAUAUAGCAACAUUACUUCGAGUUGACUAUAGGAAGUUUCAAAUAUCCAAAGAAGAAUUAAUUCAAUUCUCUAUUUCUCAAUUGAAAGUUAUUAUGAAUGAUUUGCAUUCUAGAAUCGAAAGUCUAAACAAUUCUCUCAUGUUGUCAUUAGUUGAAAGAGAUGAGUUGCACCUAGAACAAGGUGGUAAAUUAAUUGCUUUAGAAGAUAUCAAGUCCUGGAUUAAAGAACUCAGUAUUCGUUCAUCAAUUCCUCAAGUUAGGCGACAAUUAUUUCUCAAUCUUUCAAGUAAUUUAUCAAAUAACACAUACAGUAAUGAUAUUUUUCCUAAACCUCAAACUAAACAUAACACUUUACCAAAAAGACCGCAAUGGAUGACAUCUUUAUUUGGUCGAGCAUCACAGCGACAUACUCUCUCAUUAUAA